GAAAACCUUUCCUCUAAGCCAAAUCCAUCUUAGAACCAUACCACAUGAAAAUCUGCUAAAAAUAGUAUUAAGAUCAGCUGGCAAUGGCUCUUAAUAGCUCCACUGCCUGUCUUCUAAUUUUCCUCUUGCUACUUACUUACUCUUUAUCAGGUGGAAUGAUGGUAGAAGGCAUCAGCGGAAGCAUGAACAAACUUCACCUUGUAAACAAGGAUGGGCUUCAGGUGAAUUCUAGAAAGUUGUUGGUACAUCAUACAAUCCUGGAUUAUGAUUAUGCUGGGCCAAACCCUAAGCAUGACCCUAGAAAGGGGAAACCUGGCAUUGGUGGCAAGAAUCCUUAACAUUGAUUGUUCCAUGUCUAUCUCUCCAUUUAAAUAACAAACAGAUAGUCAAUUGGAGAGUUUUUAUAUGUACGAGGAAAAAAACACACAGAUAUUAUUAUGUAUGU